AUGGGGCACCUCCAUAAUCGCCGCCAACAGCCGCUCUGCGCGACGCCACUGUCGGGCCUCAUCCCCACGACGAGAUCGCUAAGCACGAUCAAGAAGAAUCAUGCGAUACCCGACGAUUUUUGCGCGCUUCCAUUGACGCCCCCCGAUGCGACAGUCCCAACACCUUCACCGGUCCAGGACGCCUCCGGGGACGCGGUAACCACCGCCAUCCAGGUACUUUCGACCGAACGCGCUGCCUUGGCGCAUCUCGAAAAUCUCUACGAAACGAACCCUUUGGCACAGGAGAACCUCGCCCGCGCGGUAGGCCAGAUCGCUCACAGUAUACGCCAUGGAGGGAAACUGGUCUGCUGUGGCGUCGGCAAAAGUGGGAAGAUUGCGCAGAAGCUGGAGGCGACCAUGAACAGUCUCGGUGUCUACAGCGCCUUCCUCCACCCGACAGAAGCAUUGCAUGGCGAUCUAGGCAUGAUCCGUCCGCAUGAUACCCUCCUGUUGAUCUCGUUCUCGGGUCGCACACCGGAGCUCCAACUGCUACUCCCGCAUAUACCCUCCACAGUCCCCGUCAUUGCUAUCACUGCGCACCUCCAUCCUUCAACAUGUCCCUUACUCCUCAUCCCACCGCCGGACAUGUGCAUCCUCCUCCCGGCCCCGAUCCACGAGGAUGAAGAGUCCUCCUUCGGCGUGAGCGCCCCAACGUCAUCAACAACCGUCGCGCUCGCUCUAGGCGACGCCCUAGCCAUCGCAACCGCCCGACGACUGCACACAUCCCCGGGCCGAGGUCCAGCAGAGGUCUUCAAGAGCUUCCAUCCGGGUGGCGCCAUCGGCGCAGCCGCGUCCAGCGUCUUCACCCCGAUGAGCAUGUCCACCGCCUCGUUCCCGUCCACUGGCCCCGAUGAUCUCUCCACGCCGCAGCUGCCACCCGCGGUGACAGACGGACCUACGCGUCUCGCGGACCUCCUGGUUCCUGUGGACCUGAUUCCCACUGUAUCUGGGGCCCGCAGCGUGCGCCUGCUGGAUAUCCUCCUCACGGCUAUCCAGCACCCGAAUGCGAAAUCGUGGGUCUUCCUGUCGCCUGCGGAGGUCGUGCCCCCGCGUCGUCUGCGGUCUCUCGCCCAGACGAGCUACGUGGACAUGGAUGUGCCCUCGAUCGUCAAGCUGGGGAUUCAGUGUUCUGUUCCGCGAAACGACUGGAUCCGGCUGCCUCGUGCCGUGACUGUCGAGGACGCGCGCCAGAUCGUCUCGGACACGAGCGCAGCCGCUGGAGAAACGGCAGUCGUUAUUGCUGUCACGUCCGACGAUGGUCUUGAUGACUGUGUAGGAUUACUGGAGUUGGAGGACUUGUGGAAUGAAUCAUGA